AUGCGACCCGGGUGCAAUCCCAGCUUCCGACGCAUGCGAGCUAUGUUUGGGGUCAUCCUACCAGAGAUGGGUUUGAGCAUUCAGCAGGCAAAAUCACUUAUUAGCAAUGCGUGCUACGGUUUAGAUCCGGCCUGCGACUUCUUCAGCCUCCGAUGCUCGAGUAACUCGAUCAUUCGGUUUACAAACCUGAUUGCGGGAAGAAAGGAUGCCGGGAUGUGCCCACAAGACAACCACUGUGGCAAAACACCUGACUGCUGCAGCUACAAGGAAGCUGAUCCAAUGGCAACAUUCACACUGGAGCACACGUACCAAGCUUAUCGAAACUGCUCCGGACGCACCAACUGCUCAGACAUACAGGCGCCGUGGCAGGUCGUCAACCCCACCACAGGGGCCACGUCAUCGUAUGUGCAUCUAGAAUAUGUCUGUGACAACGUUGUUAACAUGAUGCCAAUGUGUGGAGGACCCUUCAAGAAAACGAACAAAGUCACCAACUCUACCGAUAUCUGGUUCCAAGGAUCAUCCGAGGCCUUUGAUCCAACUAAAGCAAGCAAAGAGUGCAAAUGUUCGUUCACUAAUAUGCAUACACAGACUUCGACCACGCUCAUUCUGGACUGGAUAGACGUACGUCUGGAGAGCCACAACCGUGACGUCAACGCCUCAUCGGCAAUGUGUUCCAGCGCUAUAUUUACGCCCGAGGGUUUCUUUCGGCGUUGUCAGGAAUCAACCGAACAUUGGAAAGAUAACUUUAUAUAUAAAAGCCUACAUUAUAUUACCUUGUCACCUGGGCAGACAACGGAGGUGCUUCUGAGGGACAUUCACAAGGACGGUGCACGUGACUCACCAGCCAUGAUCUGGUUCAAGGCAAGAGCCUAUCCUGACAUGCUGUUGAAUAUCACCUGCGAAGAAGUUAUACACGCAGUAUUUACUACAACUACAUCAACAACCACUACUACUUCACCAACAACAACUACCAAACAACCAACAACAACUACACCACAGCAAACAACUACACCAAAGCCAACAACAACUACACCACAACCAACAACAACUACACCACAACGAACAACUACACAACAACCAACAACAACUACACCACAACCAACAACUACUACACCACAACCAGCAACAACACCACAACCAACAACAACUACACAACAACCAACAAAUAUACCACAACCAACAACAACUACACCACAACCAACAACUACACCACAACCAACAUCUACACCACAACCAACAACUUCACCACAACCAACAACUACACCACAACCACCAACAACUACACCACGACCAACAACUACACCACAGCCAACAACAACUACACCACAACUAACAACAACACCACAACCAACAACUACUACAACACAACCACCAACCACACCACAACCACCAACACCUACACCACAACCAACAACAACGCCACAACCAACAGAAAAUAAACCACUACCAACAACAACUGCAACACAAAUACCAACUGAAAUUCCGACAACUAAGACUACUGCAGUCCCCACAGCUGAGAAGAAAGCUACACCUGUCAACGUUGGAACAAUCGCAGGUGGAGUUGUUGGAGGAUUAUUCGGUGGUGCAUUAGUUGUACUAAUUGCUACUUUGAUGCGGCAGUACAGAAUAAAGUGCAUUCCUGUGACAGGUUUCUCAACGGGCAAUGUUUAUGAAAUAGCACAGUGUCCAAGAGAAAAUACUACUGGUGAAAGCGAGUAUGAUGAAAUCGGACAUCCAAGUGCCUCGCGAGACCAAAAUCAUGUUACUCAAGAAUAUGAACUCUUAGGUGAGUAA